AUGAGUGAAAUCGAAAAUGACUUUGAUAGUGAUCAACUUUUGUCUGGAAUUCUUUCUGGAGACAAACUUCCAUAUCAGUGUGAUGCUCUUGAUGACAAUCUAUCUAAUACUAGUACAUUAGACUUACCUGACUUUAAUACAUCCAACCAAAGCGGAAAAAGAAAACAGAGAAGAUACAGAACUACAUUUAGUAAUUUUCAACUUGAAGAAUUGGAAAGAGCUUUCCAUAAAACACACUAUCCUGAUGUGUUUUUUCGGGAAGAACUUGCUAUGAGGAUUGACCUUACGGAAGCUAGAGUCCAAGUUUGGUUUCAAAAUAGAAGGGCAAAAUGGAGAAAGCAGGAAAAAAUAUUAGCAAAACAAGAUCAAAAUAAUUAUCACAAUACUCAAAGUUUUGCUUUAAAUCAACAACCUGUUGGAUUUAUUAGUUUACCAAUGUGCACAAGUCCAAAUAGUUUGUCCGAAGUUGCAACAUCAUCAAAUCAUUCAGGUGAGAUAAUUUAUUUUUUCCUUUAUGA